AUGGCAGGUGGCUUUCUCUCCUACCACGAACCGGGCAUUGUGGAAAUUCUGGUUAUUAUCUCCUUUUUCUUCUUCCUUUCAUUAGCCGAAUGGCUAUCAGCCAAAGUCAUUCGGGCCGGUAUAAUCGGCCAAAUCGCUGUGGGCAUCAUAUACGGGGUUCCGAUAGCCAAUAUACUGCAAAAGAAGUGGCAGGAAACAUUCCUAGCCUUGGGAUAUGUGGGCCUUAUCUUGAUCAUUUUUGAAGGCGGUCUUGGUGCUCGCAUUGACCUUUUGAAGAAGAACUUGUUGCUGAGUACGUUGGGUGCGGCGACGGGCGUCUGCUUCCCCAUUGGGUUUUCGUAUCUUCUGCUAUACCUCGGAUAUGGAUAUGGAGCGGUUGAGACGUUCAUUAUCGGUGCCGCUCUCUCGGCGACUUCGUUAGGUACCACAUUCGCAGUCAUCUCCUCCGCCGCAAAGACGGUUGACCUUUCGCAAACUCGCGUCGGCUCCAUUCUCGUUAGUGCCGCCGUCAUUGACGAUGUUGUUGGCCUUGUCCUCUCCAGUAUAAUUAGCGACUUGGGAGAAGUAUCGUCCGGCGACAGUGUAAAUCUAGGCUGGCUUAUCGGCCGGCCGAUCGUAGCCUCUGUAGCUAUGGCUACCCUCACUCCCAUCCUUACCAAAUUCGUGUUCGCACCGAUCUUCCGCAAAACCGUCGAACGUCGCUUUGCUCGCUACGAUCAUGUCUCGAAUAUCAUUCUCAUGACGCUGGUUCUCUCUGCGUUCAUAACAAUCGCGGCAUACGCCGGCACAUCAGUUCUCUUCGGCGCUUUCCUCGCCGGUACAUUCCUGACAUAUAUCCCGAGUAAACGACCCGAAGGCCCGUUUGUCGUGAUGAGCCGUGAAGAGGGCGAAAGAGAGGCCGAUAAGAGCCCGACGUUUGUGCAUACUUUCGAGGCGUACCUUCUCGAUGUGCAGGAGUAUCUCAUGGCUCCGCUGUUCUUCGCCAGUAUUGGAUUUGCGAUCCCGUUUGUGCAGCUGUGGACGGGGAAGAGGAUCUGGAGAGGCUUAUUGUACACAUUUCUUAUGGUUAUUGCCAAAUUUGUCGUGGGAAUUUGGGUCCCAUCAUGGAAAUUCCUCACCAGGUUGUUCUCGAGAAAAAAGCCAUCCAAAGUUCAAAAGGAAGCUCAUCAAAAGCCCGACGAGAAGCAAGAUCGCAACCCAACGUGGCUAGCGGGCUUGCUCUUGGGGUCAGCGAUGGUCGCCCGCGGGGAGAUCGGACUGCUGAUUAUCGAGAUUGGAUAUAAUCAGACGUCAUAUAUAAGCGAAGAGGGCUUUAUUACAGGCGUAUGGGCGAUUCUUCUGAACACAAUCAUUGGGCCUGUGACAGUGGGGUUGUUAGUCAAGUUUUACGGGCAGAGGAUUGGAGAGGGGGAAUGGGGAGUGCAAAAGCAGACCAUACCAGGGAGAGAGGAGAAUGGGAGAGAGGCUGUAUGA